ACAUCUGCUUUUAGGGGAAUAUUCUAGAUUUUAAGCGCAAUUUGUGCACAUUUAGUUAAACCAAAACAUAAUUAGUAAAACCAAACAUAAUAAUAAUGGAACAAUGCUAUAACAGAGGCUGUGGCCAACUCUUCGAUCCGCAGACAAACAAUGAUGAAUCUUGUCGGCACCAUCCGGGCGAACCUUUCUUCCACGACGCCUACAAGGGUUGGUCCUGCUGCAACAAGAAGUCGGUCGACUUCACCGAGUUCCUCAAUAUCAAGGGCUGCACCUUGGCAAAGCACUCGAAUGUGAAGCCACCAGAGCCGGAGAAACCUGUUAAAGAUGAGUCCGACAAGGAUGAGGUAAUUGAGGUGCGGGCUCCCAUCCGGGAAGCCCUGCCGCGUCCGCCCAUUGAUUCGCCGCUGUCUGUUCUACAGCCCACCGUGGCUCCUGCCUUGAAAGAGAUAGUUUUUGCAGCCAAAACGCCGGCUGCUCAAAAGUCCAGCGACGCCAUCGAGGUGGGAACCACUUGCAAGAAUAACGGCUGUACCUACUCGUUUACGGGUAACAAUAGCGACUUUGGCGAGUGCACCUACCAUCCGGGCGUGCCAAUCUUUCACGAGGGCUUGAAAUUCUGGUCCUGCUGCCAGAAACGAACCUCGGACUUUGCCCAGUUUAUGGCGCAAAAGGGCUGUACCUACGGUGAGCACAAAUGGGUCAAGGAGAACGACGACAAAAAGGUUGUGCAAUGCCGCUACGACUGGCACCAGACGGCCACCAACGUGGUGGUGGCCAUUUAUGCCAAAAAAUACGAUUACAGUCAGAGCGUGAUAGAGCUGAACCCCAUCAGGCUGCACGUCAACCUGGUAUUUCCCGAGCAGGACAACGCCAGGUUUGACCUGGACCUGGAAUUGCGCGGAAUUGUAAAUGUGAGCAAUGCCAACGCGCAUAUGUAUGGCACCAAAGUGGAGAUUACACUGCCCAAACUGGAGCCCGGCUCUUGGUCCAAUCUGAAUUUCCCCAACAAGAAACUGCCAGCGGUUAAGAAAAGCCAGGUGGAAGAGAAGAAAAAGCAGGAGGAGAGCGAUGAUGAGUUCUUCGACCUGGAUGACAUUAAAGCGGAGACCAGUUUCCGUCUUUCCGAAAUGAGCAUGCAAAACCCAAACAACUUAGAUUAAUAAAGAACUUGGCAUUUAAUGUUUUAUAAAUACA